AUGACUGAUUGGGGUCCGAUGGUGAUAGCGGUGGUGUUGUUUGUGAUUUUAUGUCCGGGUCUGCUUUUUCAAAUACAAGGAAAGGGAAGAAUAAUUGAGUUUGUGAACAUGCAAACAAGUCGUGCUUUCAUUCUUGUUCACACCAUAAUUUACUUUGGACUCAUCAUUAUUUUACUUGUUGCCAUUGGCGUUCACAUCUUCACCGCGGGGGAAAGAGGAUCCAUCUCGAUUUUUAAUUCACUUUUAAACUAUUGUAUCAUAUUUAUUGUAUGA